CCGGAAGAUCCAUCCGAAAACUGCCAGGAAGAUUUUGAAUAUGACGAUUGCCCAUUUGAGUUCAAUGACUCGGACGAGAGCGAUUGCUGCAGCUCCAUCACCGACUCGAUCCGAGGCCAUGUCUACGAGGAUGGCUUACGCUACCACGCCUAUCAUGCAGGAAAAUAUGCGUAUCCCAACGACGAGAACGAGCAGAGACGUGAGGAGGUCAAGCAUACCAUGUCCAUGAUGCUCUGUGACGGGCAAUCCUUCUUGGCUCCCGUCGAGGAGGCAUUGGAAGAUGGUGGCCAGGUCCUUGACUUGGGAACUGGUACUGGGAUCUGGCCCAUGCAGUUGGCCGAAGAGUACCCCGAUGCAGUCAUAACAGGCGUCGACCUGUCACCCAUCCAGCCCAGCUUCGUCCCAGAAAACGUGCGCUUCUUCGUCGACGACAUCGAAGACGAAUGGGUGGACCCGGAGAACAAGUACGAUUACAUCCACCUGCGCUUCGCACUACAUACUCUCAAGGAUAGGAAGUCACUCAUGGAACGUGUUUUGCGACACCUCAAGCCAGGCGGUUACUUCGAAGUUCAAGAAAUCGAUGCCAGCUAUCCACGUUGCGAUGAUCACACUACCACACCCGACACUCCAUACGCCGUCCGUGACUAUCUCAAGUACCUCGAAGCCGGUCUCAAAGCCAUGGGUGCCGACAUCAGCGCCAUCCAAAAGGCUUCUCAGGAGAUGCGAGAGGCUGGGUUCGAGGAUGUCACCGAGAUCACCAAGAAGCUGCCCCUUGGGCUUUGGCCGGCGGAUAAGAAGCUUCGACUUUGCGGUCUGUUUUGGCGAACGGCAGUUAUGGAUGGCUUGAAGGGAUUGUGCAGCAGGCCGUUCCAGGCUAUCGGGUUGACGCCGACGCAGAUUGAGUUGUUUCUGGCCGAUGUGAGAAAGGCGGUGAUGGAUGGGAGUUUCCAUACUUACUUUCCUUUGACUACUGUUUAUGGGAGGAAGCCGUUUGAUGCUUAG